AUGUUAGACUAUUUGAAAUUAAAACAAGUUAGUGGUUUUAAAAUAGAAACUAUUAUUAGAUUAAGUCGAUUUGUUAUGCAAAAUAAUUAUUUUUCUUAUGAUGGCCAGUUUUAUCAUCAAAUCCGAGAAGGAGCAAUGGGUUCUCCUCUUACUCUAACUAUUGGUAAUUGUUAUAUAUUCUUUUAUGAAAAACAAAUAAUUAAACAAAUUAGCAAUAUUAAUGGAUUAUAUUUUAGAUAUAUUGAUGAUAUAUUUGUAGCAAUUAAUUGGCCUUUUCGACAUUUACUUAAACAAAUCGACAGAUGGAAUAAAUUUGACGAAAAUAUUAAAUUAUCAGAAAGUAUCGGUAUAACAGGUGAUUUUCUUGAUUUACAUAUAGGAAAUCAAGAUGGUCAAUUAAUUACUAAGGUUUAUCAAAAGCCAUCUUAUGAACCAUAUUAUUUACCGUUUAAUAGCAUUCAUCCAUUACAUAUGAAAAAGAAUAUAAUAUUUACUAUAUUACUUCGUGCUAUUAGAUAUUGUUCAACAUUUCAAGAUUAUCUGAAUGAACGUGAAAAAUUAAGAAUGGCAUUGUUAUUAAAUAAAUAUCCAAAUAAAUUUAUAGAUGAACAAUUUAAUAAUAUAUUGUCAAAAUUGAAUAUUAUUCAACCAUUAACUUGUAGUAAUUAUGCUGAUUAUCGUCAGAGAGUUAUAGAUUCUCCAAUAAAAGAAAUAGUACCAGUUGAUUAUGGAAAGACAAUAUCCGUACAUUUUACAUAUUGUUCAAGUAUGAGAACAUUUCCAAUUAAAAUUUUAUGCUCUUUGGAACAAAUAUUUUGGCGAAUCUCCGAUUAA